AUGUCGAACGUCACGGACAGGAAGGUCGCCGAACUUUCUGACAUCCUUUUGAGGCCCCAUCUGAAAAUCCUCGUCACCUCUACGCAGCUCUCGUCGGUGGUCAACACGGGGUUGAAUAGCCGUUGUUUGGCAGAUGCACACGCGCCGAUGAUUGACCAGAGCAGGGACUCUCGUCACAGCAAUUCCGAACGCAACUUCGUUGACCACAUGGCCUUCUCGGCCAAGCGUAUCUCCAGCACUGGCAUCCUCCAAGGUACAUCUUCCAUGGUACAACCUCUCGGGCACAUCAGAGGUGAACGGGUUCAGACACUUCGGCAGAUUUCCCAUUCCCCAGGCGAUGUCCACGAUAGUAGCGAGUUACCCUGCAUCUUUGUCCCACUAUCCCAUGACGGUCUAGGUUGUUUGAUGUUGGGUGUGGUCAGGUUGGAAAGAUACAUACCUUCAUUUGUCCUGCGUCGCGUCGCUACGGUAGUGGUGUGGAUAUGUGACGGUCGGCGAAUUCGAAUUCCUACAUGGCCAAGUAGCACAAUGUCGAGACUCCCCAGCGGAAACACAUCGCAGCUGGGAGAAGGCCGACAAACGCCGAAAAUCCAGCGGUCGAGGAGGUUUCCAGGGCGAGAGAUCAGGAGAGAAACGAGAAUGGGCCAGCCAGUCGAGAGCCUCCGCUUACCGCCUACCCUCUCUGGAUUGAUCGGAACUGGAAAAGGUUAUUCUUCCGAGCCCGUCUCUCAAGAGGAUUAG